AUGGAGUCUCUUAUAGAGGGAAUAACACGUAGAAAAACAGCUUUAAAACCUAUUAAAAUCACCAAAAGAAACCCUACCACCACCAUUAGCAACCACCAUGAUGGUGGUGGUGGCGUCAGCCACGAUGACGAUGGUGUUGACAACCAGUAUAUGAUCGUGAGUGGUGAAGAGGAACCAUUGAGCCCAUCCGCACGUUUAUUCCAUGAACCAAAUUUCAACGUGCACGUCAUAGCUAUUAUGGGUUCCAAGAACCCCAUUGACCCUCGUGUUGCGUACGAGAAGUUGCCACAGACUUUGCUUAAGCAUCAUCGGUUCUCCAGUUUGCAGGUUGUGGACGACAAAAAUGGCGGAAUGAAAUGGGUUCCAACAAAUGUAAAUCUACACGACCACAUCAUCAUCCCUACCAUCCCACAAACCCUAGAGUCCCCUGAUAAAUUCCUCCAAGAUUAUGUCUACAAUCUCAGCAAGACCUCCAUUGAUUCUUCAAAACCCAUGUGGGAUCUCCAUCUCCUCAACCUUAAAACCUCCGAUGCGGUGGCCAUCGGAAUCUUCCGCAUCCACCACUCCCUCGGCGACGGCACCUCCCUCAUGUCUUUGCUACUUGCUUGUACUCGCCAGAUCUCUAAUCCCGACGCCGUCCCCACCAUCCCCACCAGCAAGACUAAGAAUUCCGGCUGGUUUUCCUACUACAGCUCCAGCUCCGGUGGUGGAGGCCCGUGGUGGCGACGGUGGUUCAUGACGGUUUGCAUGGUUUUCUGGUUGGUUUGGAAUACGUUGGUGGAUGUGACGUGUUUUAUGGCGACGGCGGUGUUCUUGACAGAUACUGAAACGCCGUUAAAAGCUCCGGCGGGGGCUGAGUUUACUCCGAGGAGAUUCCUUCACCGGACGGUUAGUCUUGACGAUAUGAAGCUCAUCAAGAAUGCAAUGAAUACGACUAUUAACGACGUCGCAUUAGGUGUCACCCAAGCUGGAUUAUCAAGGUAUCUGGACCGCAGAUAUGGUCAUGGGAAAGAAGAUGAAAGCACAAUCUCAACCGAGAAGAAAAAUAACCUCCCGAAAAAGAAGAUACGUUUGCGUUCAACGCUUUUGGUCAACAUAAGACCAUCUUCAGGCAUUCAAGCACUGGCGGAUAUGAUGGAGAAGGACACGGAAGCGAAAUGGGGGAAUUCGAUCGGUUAUGUGUUCCUUCCAUUCACCAUCGGUAUAAAAGAUGACCCGAUAGACUAUAUUAGAGAUGCCAAGGCAAUGAUUGAUCGAAAGAAGCUUUCCCUUGAGGCAUUGUAUACAGCGUCCAUAGUCGACUUGGUUCUUAAAUUUUUCGGCAUCAAGGCAUCAAGCAUGUUUGCGCGCAGGAUCUUCAGUCAUACGACCUUGGUUUUCUCAAACAUGGUUGGGCCAAUAGAAGAAAUCGAAUUCUAUGGCCAUACCCUUGAAUACCUUGCUCCUUGUUGUUACGGUCAACCGCAUGGUUUGAUGAUUAAUCUCCAAAGUUAUGUGAAUAAGAUGACAAUAGUCCUUUCGGUUGAUGAACGUAUCAUCCCAGAUCCUCAGAAGCUAUUAGAUGAUCUUGAAGACUCACUAAAACUCAUCAAAGAAGCAGUUUAUGCAAAGGGGCUUGUUAAGGACGGUUAAACACUGUGUUUAAGAGAUCUUUCGUUUUCAUAUGCUUUGUUAUGUGUUUCUUUAUAUAUGGACAUGGAAUUAAACAUGUUUUUAAUGAUCUUUUAGAAGCUAUUUAGUUGUAAUCAAUCCUCUCAUAAAGGGUGCAUUUGGUACGCAGACAACACCUACGAGAGUGAGGUAGACUGGUGAAAGACUUGUGGAAGGUCUU